AUGAAGUUCGCAAAUACGUUAGCGGCGCUGUUCCUCAUUUCGCAGGCGUCGGCGCUCGCGCAUCCACAACCGAUUCCUGAUGAUUUAGUCCUCGAACGCGAUCAGUUCGACGAGCGCACAUUUGAGGAAUUCAUCGACGAGGAGGCACAUGAGCUGUACAAGCGUAAAGGAGGAGGAGGUGGCGGCGGUAAAGGUGGUGGAAGUUCGUCGUCCGGGUCCAGCGGAGGUUCCAGCUCGGGCAGUUCAGGCAGUUCUGGAAGUAGUUCUGGAAGCAGAGGUGGCUCUGGUUCAACGUACGUAUCUUCACUUUCUGAAAGAAGUGGAUAUGGUUCCGAGGAGAGUUGUCGUGGAGUGGCGGUUGGAGUUGGAAGUAGUACUUCGUCGCGAACGUCAUAUGGUUCAUCAGAGGGCGCUGGGGCAGCAGGCACUGAUGAGAGUAUGACGGGCGCUGCAAUCGGCGCGCCUAGGUUCGCACCGCACGAGAAGGAGACCAAUGGACUGGUGGCGAGAAUAUUAGUUCCAUUCUCUUUAUUGUUCAGCAGUGCUUCGAUGAUUUCGGGUUCAAAAGGCAGUGGUAGUAAAUCUGGAACCAAUACUAACACAAAAUCUAGUUCCACUGGCAGAGGUUCAUCAAGUUCCAACGCUGGAGGCACCACAAAAACAGGAUCUGGACCCGCGCGAAGUUUCGGUGGUGGUAGAUUUUACGGCGGUGGAGCAGCCGCACCAUAUACCGCAGGUCAAAGAUCACCUGGGUCAAAGAUCCUCCCUCUCGCAGUGGGAGUCGGAGUCGGUGGAGCUCUUGGAGUAGCUGCCAUCGCGGCCUACCCAGGACACUGGCCUUAUGGAUUCUACAACUACCCGUACGCACAUCCAUAUGGAUUCUACAACCGCACAGGACGCAGAAACCGGACAGCGACAUCUACCUCCUCAUCCGCAACAGCCACCCCAACAGUAGUAGGCCGCUCAUUCCAACUUUACCAACGACAAGAAGAGGGAGCGCAAGAAUCGAAACCAGUCCAAUGUCUUUGCGACCCAUACUUGGUCUGUGGAUGUGAUGACCCAGGAGACAACACGUUCCUUGAUAGCUUGAUCGGUGACGGCACUUACGCCAACUUGAACCAGAGCGUCGUAACAGUCGCAGACAUCAACGGCACCUCAACCAUCAUCCUCAACGGCACUCUUCCAAACGGCACCACCGCCAGCGGAGGAACCGAAGACGCCAUCACCUCCACCUCAGCAGCCACCCUCCUCAGCUCCUCAGGCUACCUCAUCAUGGUCGCCCUCGUAGGCUGCACCGCCUUCAUGAUCUAA